AAUGCCUUCUGCGGGCGGCUCUCCUUUGACAAUAGCAAUAGGUAUCUCCUCCUGACAGGUAUAAAUUGGUUUACCCCUAUCGUGAUAAUACGGACGGCAACUUGCACAGUACCAUCUUCCAAAAAAGAUACUUUCCUUGUCUCACAUCAUUAUAGAGGUAAUAAAUUCAAAGUGAAAAAUGCGUACCGCGUGGAGUGUAGCUUCUUAUACCAGCACAACGGUAAUGAAUCCAUCCCCCAUGCGGACAGUUCUGACCAUCACAUCCAAUCAUUCCACCGUCGGCAGUUGAUUGACAGUAACAGUACAUUCUAUACGGGUCCCUUUCGACUUCAUAGAUAUGCGGCUGAUUUCUUGCUACGGGGCGUAGGCAAUGUGGAUGUACAAUAGGAUAAACUCUUCUUCCACAACUGCCUUCAACUACUCUCAUCAGGAUAUUUCCUUGGUAGAAGUGAUCCAUACUAUAAAUUACUUCAUCCUCAAUUUUCCUCUUGUGCGUUGUAGGAGGCGCAUUUGCCUGGGUUCUGGGAUGACCGGGAUUUUCUACUGGUUCGUGUGAACUCUUGUUGAUUACUGCGUUCUGUUCAGGUUGGACUUUUUGAUGCUGGAGCCUCAAAUCGGGCUCAGGACGAGCAUUUGCUUUGUUGCGGACACUUGGAGUUUUCCUAGGUCUAGGAUUCCAUGGUUUUCUCUUCCGACGUGGCCUACGUUUCUGAGCAGGCUUACGCGCCUGAACAGAUGGUGACAACGAAAACGAAGUAUUAUCGUUAUUGCUACUCUUGGCAAGAUCAUUUCUUCCAUUCCCUUUAG